UGAUUGAGUACAGGCUUUGAAGUUCGUCAGUGUGACAGGUUCGAGUCUGUUACUGUGACUCCGUCAGUUGGUGGAGUUACACUGCUGCUAUUCAACACCAGAGCAGUCUAAGACGUUUUUACAGGGUUUAGUUAAAGUUAAUAUUGUUUUUUUUUUAUUCUCAGAUCAGUGUUUGUUUAAUUUCCGGGGAUUAACAAACGCAGUGGACGGUUGUGAAUGAAUUUGCCAGUAAACGCGUCAGAAACACACGUGCUCGCUGGCAGUUUGAGACAUUUGCGUCGUUUCAGAAACACAGGAAGAAGUGUGAAGACGGAUGUAUGACAAUGAGCCAUGCUGUGAGACUCACCAGCCACGGGUUUACUUCAUCUCCUCGUCUGUGAAUCUACAUCUCAGCGACACAUGAGAGCCACUAACUACAGCUCUGUGUGGAUUAUUCGGUGCACAGUUGGACCACAAGUGUGAGUUUAUUGACAUUUGAGUGUUUGAUUAAAAAACAUGGGGACCCAGGGCACAGGACGGAAAAGAUCCACCAAGAAGGAGAGGUCGACGGCAGAGGACGAUGCCCUAAAUCUGAUAGCGAGAGAGGCCGAGGCCAGGCUGGCAGCGAAGAGGGCAGCCAGGGCAGAGGCCAGAGAGAUCCGUAUGAAGGAGCUGGAGAGACAACAGAAAGAGAUCUUUCAGGUGCAGAAGAAAUAUUACGGCUUGGACACCAAAUUAGACGACCGAUCGGACAGCAAAUGGGGAGAUAUUGAACAAUGGAUGGAGGACAGUGAGAGAUACUCACGCCCUUCACGGACACACACGUUCUCAGACGAUGAUGAGCGGAUGUCAGUGGGAAGCCGGGGCAGUGUCAGGUCGGAUUAUGAUGCGGUCUAUGGUGGAGGGGGCUCUUCUUCACACUCGCAUAGGAAGUCAAAGAAAAAGAAGAAACAUAAGCACAAAGACAGAGAUAGGAACGGCUACGACGAUGAGUACAGUGUAAUAUCCAGCAGGAGCUCAAGACUCAGUGAUGAAAGCAGAGUGUCUCGCUCAUCCAGAGUUGACCUGACGAGCUCCAGACUGAGUGAUGACAGCCGGGUGUCUCGCGCCUCCAGAUUAGACCUGCAGCCGCUCCCUCCUCCCCUCUCCUCCUUUCAGGCCUCUUAUGCUUCCUCUGACUUGUACAGCCUCAAUGGUCUGUCAUCCUCCAGAAACCCAGGUUCAACUUUCAAUGGUUACCAGAGCUCCUUGUAUGAAGACAGUCUUUGCAGCGGGUCACGGCGAGUCGUCGGCUCCAGCUCCCAUCCUUUAGAGUACUCUAGUUACCGCUCCAGCUCCAGAGCCUCCAGCAGGGCCAGUUCAGCCCGUGCCAGCCCAGUGGACAACUGCAGCUCUGUUGCCAGUUUUUUGAGGAGCGCUGCCAGCAGCAGCUGCCUCCCCAGGGACCUGGACGAUGUUACUAUUCCUGACUUUUCUGAUGUGGAAGACAGAGAUUAUCUUGAGAAGGGGUCUCGAGCAGCUUCAGCCUUAACAGCAGCAACACUCACCUCUUUAGGUGGGACUUCCUCACGGAGAGGAAGUGGGGAAACAGCUUUAACUGUAGAUGCUGAGACCUCCUUACGAGAAAUCAAGGAGAUUCAUGAACUGAAGGAUCAGAUUCAAGAUGUGGAAACCAAGUACACUCAGAACCUAAAAGAAGCCAAGGGUGCAUUAGCUGAAGUGGAGGAGAAGUACCGUAAGGCCAUGGUGUCCAACGCACAGCUGGACAAUGAGAAAAACAACCUGAUGUACCAGGUGGACACACUCAAGGACUCGCUCAUGGAGCUGGAGGAACUGCUGUCUGAGUCACGUCGGGGAUAUGAUGAGAAAGUCAAGGAAUAUGAGCGAGAGAAACAUGCCCACACUGUGCUUCAGUUCCAGUUCAACGAAAUGAAAGAGACGCUAAAACAAAGUGAAGAGCUGCUAAAUGAGAUCCGUCAGCUUCGUAUGAAACAGGAAGGUUUUGAUAGAGAGAUAUCUGACCUACAGGAGACGGUGGAGUGGAAGGAUAAAAAAAUCGGGGCCUUAGAGCGACAGAAAGAAUACACAGAUGCGAUCCGAAUCGAGCGAGAUGAGCUCAGAGAGGAGGUGGUGAAGCUGAAAGACAUUCUGAAGAAACAUGGAAUAGUUUUGGGACCUGAUCUGAACGUCAAUGGGGACGUCGAUGAGACGGUAACCGAUGGGACCUCCGAUGGAGACUCUGCUGCCCAACCGGCUCAGGAUUCCCAGACCUCCCAGCCAGAGGGGAACAGCAUGCUCGGCAGCACAGAGGAGACUCAGUUGAGAAGUAGCGGAGAGGAAGAGGUGGAUCCAGAGAAGCAUCAAGAAAUUCUUGAGGAAGCAGAAAAGAAUCAUUUGAGCUCUGACAUGCUCUGUAAUGUGUCCGCUGUGGAAACAUCAAGCAAAGAACAGCCGACAGAAGAGCAACAGACAUGCUUACCCACAGAGGAAGACAGUGUUGGAGAAACUGAAAGCAACGAUUUACAAGUUGACAUUAAUAAAAAUCCAAUCACAGAAGCCAAAGAUGUAAUCGUUUGCAGCCCUGAGUCUCAAGAGAUUGUAACAAGUCCUGAGGAAAAUGUUGCAGGAACAGAAAUGCUUAAGGGGGGAGAUUUAGGGGAGACAAGCAACCCAGAUUUAGGAGAGACAGGAACUGACAGUGUCGACGCACAUGGUGCUGACGUUAGAGAGACGAGUAACAACCUUGCUGAAGUGCAAGAAAACAAACAGGAAGAAGUUGAGGAAAGUAAUUUGAGAAAUACAGAAUCAUGCCCUCAGCAAAAAGUCACAGAAGAUGUUAUGAAAGAACCUGAUGAGUCCAUCCAAGAUGUAUCAAACACUGAACCCCAUCAAGAGCCUGAGAAUGCUGAAGAUGCAGAGAAUGACGAGGCAGACGAAAUAUUAAAUAAAUCUCAAGCUCAGGGAGCUACCGCUUCUGGGAAAAAGAAAAAAAGGAAGAAGAGAGGCAAAAAGAAAGGAGGAAAUGAGGAAAAAAAGCAACAAAAAGAUGCAAAGGAGGAAAACGGGAAUGAUAAAGAAAACGGCAAAACAAAAAAAGACGUCAAAUUGGCUGCAAGAAAUAACGGGUCAACAACAGAACCUGAUAAUGAUGUUUCUGUCACUGAAACCCUCAAAGAAUCAAAGACGGAUGAAGUUAUGAAUGAUGCCAUAGAAGAAGUAAAGCCCACUGAAACCCUUUCUCACGUUGAAACUCUCCAAGAAUCAAGAGGUGAUGAUGUUACGGGUGAACAGAAGGAGGAACAAAGUCUGGAAACUGAGACAGUAGACGUAACAGAGGCAGUGGCGCCCACUGAAAAUGUUUGUCUCACUGAAACGCCCAAUGAAUCCAGAACAGAUCACGUUAAGGAUGAGCAGGACAUGGAGCAAACUUCAGAAACAGAGAAAGUAGAAGAAGUGGAAUCUAAAACGAAUCCUGAUACGGAGGCAUCUGAUCUUAUUGACAACUCCAAAGGUACCGAGAGCACUGAUGGCCUCAACAAAGAAUGUACUUCUAGUGUAGAUAACUCUAAAAGUGGAGACAUCACAACCGAAGGCGACGUCCAUACUGAAUCAGGAAUUGUUAAUAAGGAAGAGGAUGAUGAGAUGAAAUCUGAACGCACAACUGAAAACCCUGAAAACACAAACUGUAAUGAAGAUACUGAAGCUGAAUCACAUGUUCCAAGCAAUGACGACGCUACCGUUGACAAAUCUGAACGCACAAACGAUACUGAGACUGUGGAUAACACGUCUGUUUCUGAUAAAAGUCCUGAAGAGGCAACUGAGACUGCCAAAGAUGAUGAGGAGCCAGGAGCAGAGACUCACCAAGAAUCCAUUUCUCCCAGUCAGGAUGAUGACAAAUCAGAAAAGGAGGAGCUGAGUGAAGAAUUGAGGGAAUCUGAGGAUUUAGUGGAGCCAGACAACUCUUCACACGAUGAAAAAAGUGAUAACGUAUCAAUAACGAAACAUACUGAUGCCCUUGAAACUGAAAAAAGCUGUUUGGAGACUGCGGCUCAGGCUGAACAGCUGGAUAAUGUAGAAAGCCAAACGGUAGAGUGUGCGGAUCAGGUUGAUGAAUCAAACAUGGAAGUGUCCUCAGAAACAGAACAGAUCAAUACCAGUGAGAUAAUAAAGACACCAGACUCUCCAAAAGAAGCUACUGAGGUCGCUUCCUUAAUCGAGCAGGACCAAAACAAUGAAGAAUCAGCUUCUGCAGAAGAUCCUGAACAUAAAAUCAGUCAAAAUGACCAGGAAAGUGAGAAAUGUCAGCAGGAAUCCAGCAAAGAAAAAACUGAGGAUGAUAAUUCACCUCAACCCACCCAGCAGGAAAUUGAUGAAGAGGACGGUGAUGACGACGAAGGGCAGUCUUUUGACUUUGAUGACAUGGAUAUAGAGGCGGCUAUAGACAUGAAUUCCCCUAAAGAACCAGAACAGGAAGGAGUUGAGGAGGGUGUUGAAGUCAAUUCAGAUGAGAGCAACGAUGGUAGUUCAAAUGAAAAAACACAAGACGAGCCGGUCGAUAGCAAAGACGAGAAGUGUACGGUUGACCAGGUAGAUGCACCAGAUAAAGAGUCUGAUACUAAACCUCAAGACGACCAAAACUCAUCGGCUCACGAGGAAACCGCGUCUGAAAACGUGGAAAACGAGCCGCAGGAGAACGUAGGUGUAGCAGAUGUAAAGGAAGAGGACGCUGUUGUAGAAAGCAACAGCGCAGAAGACGUGAACCAGGCGAUGUCUUCAUCAGUGGAGGAAGGAUUAGAUGCCAUUAAACACGAAAUGCAGGGUGAAGAUUUACCAAAGAGUGAAGACCAAGGGGGCGACAACAAAGAGCCUCCACCUUCGGGGAAAGACGUGAAAAAGAACGGCAAGAAAGGCAAAGCCAAGGGCAAAGAGGAAUGUAAGAUGUCUUAGCUUAUACAGUUAUGGUAUAUAUAUAGUUUAGAUAUAUAUUAUUUGAUUCACCGUCUACUUUUUUUUUGCUUAGCUGUUUACAAAGUGGUAAAAUAAAUGUCAAAGCACUUUGAUUACUGUCCCAAAUUAACAUUGAUGUAAGUAUAUGUAUAUUAUUUUUAAAUUAAAUACAUGAAAACAAUCCAUGGUCAAAAAAAACACCUAUUUUCACUGAGGUCAUGUGUGUGAAGAAUUGAAUUUGUGGAGAGAUGAUGAUGUAAAUUGCGAGGUAACCGUAGAUUUUACUAUUGGACCUGUUGACAAUAUAAGGAGAUAAAACUUAACUUGAUACUGUAAGUCGGGUAACAUUUAUUUUGUCAUUGAUGCACAUUUAUCAUGCUGCUUGUAAUGUUUCAUUGAUACUGUUUCUCUGUGACUGCAUCACAGAACAUUUGUUGUGCUACAAUUCCAGGAACUCAUUCAUAUAUUCAUUUAUUCAUGUCAUAGGGGAUCAAUAAAUAAAACAAACUGUUCAUUGGAAAUUAUGAUGAAGACUUUACUUUUAACUAGCUUCUACAUGCACUAGCUGUUCUGUUCAUGGUUCAAAUUAAACAUGCUUGGAAACGCUGUUGUUUAAGUUCAACAAAGCCAUUUUUCACCUUUAGAGGACUGUAAAUCCUAAAGCACAUAAAUGUUUGAUAAAUGUAUGUUGCAUUUUGUUGCACUUGAAUGGAAAAGAUGAAUGUGGCCGUCUACAAUGAAAUGACAAUAAACACCCUGCUGUUACAGUUUGUCAUUUUGA